GGCGGCGGCGGCGAGGUCGAUGUCGACGACGGCGGGGUACCUGGCGCGGCGCGCGGGGCAGAAGGAGCGGGUGCGGCUGCUCUACCGCCGCGCGCUCAAGGACACGCUCAACUGGGCCGUCCACCGCCACCUCUUCUACCAGGACGCGUCGGAUCUCAGGGACAAGUUCGAGGCCAACAGAAAUGUGGAGAACCUGGACGUGAUCGAUAGGCUCAUCGACGACGCGGAAGCGCGGCAGAGGAACUUCCAGCACCCGGAUCCUUACAUUGUUCCAUGGGCCCCCGGUGGCACCAAAUUCACAAGGAACCCUCCUCCACCUGAAGGGAUUGAGAUUGUCUACAACUUUGGCAAAGAAGAACAUUGAACAGGAACCCUGCAUUUGUGAGCAGAAUCCGGUACCUGCAGAGUGCAAAGAACCUGCUUUUCCUUUUCCAUGCAACCUAGCUGUUGUAAUAUCGCCAAGAACAAAAUAAAAUUACUCGCCUCCUUCCAUGAGUUCCUUUUAUCAUGGAUGUUGUAUGCCAACUAUUUUGUGCCCAUCAGCUAGUUCAUUGUUACAGUUAUGCAUAAAGUGUUCAAGUGCACAAACAUUGAAAUGAUGCUAUAUUGGAACCUGCCGUUGCCUUUCUA